AUGCCUCAUCGUUCUCGUUCUUCUUCAAGGCACAGCUCCCGCUCUGAUAGCUCGAGCAAAAGCAGUGAAAAGGACUAUGCACUGAGCGUCAAUCUUUACGGCAGGGGAGAUGCAGCCAAGGGUGAUCCCCCAGCCCACUGGGGCGCCAUGCUCCACAGGCGAGAGGAGGCACACGGUGAUCUCUAUCAUGUUCGCAAGGACGAAAGGUUCUACUACGAGGACCCAGUUCCGAAGCGUAUGGUUGAAUCAACAACCACCUACGGUCGAAGUGAGAUCGUACAUCUCUCAAGGUCGCGCAAGGAGACUGCGGCACGGGUUUUGCAUGCGUAUGGAAAGGACGAAUCCAAUCUUCCUCGUGAGGAUGCAAACUGUCAAAAUUGGACUGUCGGUGCACUUGGUGCUCUUGAGCAAGAGAGGCUGGCCCCYCAGGGCACCAGAGACUAUUGGGACGCAAAUAUUGGACAGGCCUCUCCUGCCAUUGGCGAACGACUACGACGAGAUGGUAGGUCCUGGGUUCCAAAAACUACUACCGACUCUAGAGGACGAGAACCUGCCGAUGCGACCUUUGGAAAGGAGGAAGUGCGACGGCCGACCGGCCGUCUCAAUUUGGACAAGUUUGCAGGCCUCAGUAGUGCUAGUAGGCCUAGGCGGUAA